AUGAAAAUGAAGAAACCAGCGGCAAGCGAAAAAUCACCGAAUUAUAUUCCUUCAGCUUCACAUCUUGAACAUUUAAACAGAGAACAAAUGAAAAGUAAAGCAAAAUCGGGUGCCAAUACUGAGCCAAAACUUGAUAUGGUCACCGUCGGCUGGAGAAACUGGAACGCACUAAGUUUAAAAAAAGAUACCAAUUUUAACCUAUUGAAAGCAAUGCCCUAG